AUGGGCCUUAAGGUGGGAUAUGAAGCACCAUUGCAGGGUUUUCAGCAGAGAGUGACAUGGUGUGAUGCAAUACUAAUGAAGAACAGAACAUCAUCCUCUGACUUUAUCCUUGUGGGGCUUCUGGUGAACAGUGAGGCUACAGGGAUUGUGUUUACAGUUAUCUUCGCUAUUUUUGUGGUAGCCGUAACUGCAAACUUGGUCAUGAUAUUCUUGAUCCAGGUGGACUUCCGCCUCCAUACCCCCAUGUACUUUCUGCUCAGCCAACUAUCCAUCAUGGACACCCUUUUCAUUUGCACCACGGUCCCAAAGCUCCUGGUGGACAUGGUUUCCAAAGAAAAGACUAUUUCCUUUGUGGCCUGUGGCAUCCAGAUAUUUCUCUACUUGACCAUGAUUGGCUCAGAGUUCUUCCUGCUGGGCCUCAUGGCCUACGACCGCUACGUGGCUGUCUGUAACCCUCUGCGGUAUCCAGUCCUGAUGAACCGCAAGGUGUGUCUUUUGCUGGCUGCUGGUGCCUGGUUUGGUGGCUCCCUUGAUGGCUUUCUGCUCACCCCCAUCACCAUGAAUGUCUCCUACUGUGGCUCCCGCAGAAUCAACCAUUUUUUCUGUGAGAUCCCUGCGGUUCUCAAACUGGCUUGUGCUGACACGUCCUUGUAUGAAACCCUGAUGUACAUCUGCUGUGUGCUCAUGCUGCUCAUCCCCAUCUCCAUCAUCUCCACCUCCUACUCUCUCAUCUUGCUAACCGUGCACCGCAUGCGCUCUGCUGAAGGCCGCAAAAAGGCCUUUACCACAUGUUCAUCCCACUUGACUGUAGUCAGCAUUUUCUAUGGUGCUGCCUUCUAUACGUAUGUGCUGCCCCAGUCACUCCACACCCCUGAGCAGGACAAGGUGGUGUCAGCCUUCUAUACCAUUGUCACACCCAUGCUCAAUCCUCUGAUCUACAGCCUCAGAAACAAGGAUGUCAUGGGGGCAUUUAAAAAGAUAUUUGCACAUUGUUCAUCUGCUCAGAAAGUUGCAACAAGUGAUGCUUAG